UUUAAGCCUUAUGCCCUUUUCUCCAUUUUUCUUCGCUUUAUUUAGCCGAAGCUUUUUUUAAAUGGCGGAUGAGGAGACUGAUAUAAGGUUGCCUGCGCUUUCUACGGCCAUGGCAUUUUUCUUGUAUCACUGGUUAUUGCAAAGAACUAAGCCUUUUUUAUGUGAAUUUGAUCUAUAGGAAAUUUUAUGGAGGCUUGAAAAUGCAGUUCCUAUGAAAGCUUCUGGCUCGGACUUGCUUAAUGUGAUAGAUACAAUGACAUUGCAACUGAUUUUGAAGAGAUACUGAAAAAGAAGAAAGAGCUUCAUGUGGCAGAGAUGAAUCAUCACAGGAGAGGCCAUAGCCUUACUGGGAUAUCUGGGAUCCCAAAAGAGAAAGAUGAAAACCUCCAAUUGUUCCAUUCAAAUCACAGGAGCAUGUUCAUACCUUCUUCUGAUGAGUCUGAGUCUCCAAUCAAUUCCGCAAGAUUGGGGAGAAUUGCUGUUGCUUCAGCAAAGCCAAGAACUGGCAUGGAUGACUUGUUGAAUACUGAAUAUGGCAAGCAUGACUAUGAUUGGCUUCUCACCCCACCGGGAACUCCUCUCUUUUCAACAACGGAUUCCUGUGAGUUUCAACGAGUUGCUGUUGCUCCCAAAGGAGUUUCUUCUGUUAGAUCAGCCUCUGCUACGAAAGCUUCAAGGCUGUCUGUGACUCAAACUGAGAGCACAAAUCCAAGGCGAGCAGUUCGAAGCAGUUCAGUAUCCCGCCCUUCUCUCUCCUCCCCAAACCAUUCAUUCUCAAAUUCAAACUCAAAAAACUUCCUCAACACCAGCACCCAAUCCAUAACCUCUCGUCCAUCCACUCCAGUCCCCCGAAACCCCACCCCUUCACGUGCUGCCACCCCAACAAGAACCCGACCCUCACCCACUCCCUCAAAGCCCACAACUCCUCGUCCCUCCACCCCAACUUCACGGGCCACAAUUCCAGCCUCAAAAUCCUCUUUGCCGGCUACAAAAUCUAAUUCUCCAGCUGCAAAAUCAUCUUUUCCGGCAAUCAAAUCCCAUUUUCCAGCUACAACUCCAGCUGCAAAACCCUCUUUUCCUGCAACAUCAAGGCCAUCUCAACCAUCACCUCCAGCUCCUUUACGAUCCCGGCCGACCACCCCGACCCGCCGAAUUCUGGCCACAGUGACCCCACCUCCAGCAGGACCCCCGCGCGCAGCCUCUGUUGGGCGAACACGGGGUGUCUCCCCACAGCGACAUGUGGCGCCAAUUGUGCCACCAGAUUUCCCCAUGGAUGCUCCCCCGAACCUGCGGACGACCUUGCCUGAGAGGCCAGCCUCUGCAGGCCGGAUGAGACCUGGCGUGGCCCUGACUGCUCGUUUAGGAGGUAAUGGCCCUUCUGAAGAAAGGCAACCAAGUCGGGUUCGACCGAGCAGUAAUGGCAAUGGCAGUGGAAGCGAGGUGGUUGGGAUUCAAAAGAGUCAGGGUGGUGUAGCGAGGCCACCAGGUGGUGGUGCUUCACCAGUACGGAGGCCGGUGAAGCCGGCAGGCUCAACGGGGGAGAGCACAGGAUUUGGAAGGAACAUAUCAAAGAAAUCGCUCGAUAUGGCUCUCAGGCAUAUGGACAUUAGGCAAGCCACAGGUGGCCUGCGUCCACUCUCUGCCACAUCUCUCUUCCCUCAAAGCGUUCGAUCUGUGUCAUCCAAGGCACGAUUGGGUGGAUUAGAUCCUCGGGCUUCAAAAACCAGCAAUGGAACUCUAGGGCAUGCUGAAAAAUCAUCUGAAAGCUCCCCGGAAGCUAAAGCAAUGGAAGGUCCAACAAUAGAUGCUAAACUAAAUGGGAGAUUAAUGGACCCCGAUUUCUCCGCUAGCACAAGAUAUGAUGCCAUUCUCCUAAAAGAAGAUACAAAGAACACAGAGUGGUUGCAUAGCCCAAACGGGGAUAAUGAUCCGGGCCUGGUUUUUGAUCAUCGGUUUGAGCCUCUUCCUGAGCCCUUUGGGUUGCCCUAAAUUUGGCCGAGUUCGUAAUUUUUUUUUCAUUUUUAUUGUUUAUUAUUAUUCUUUUCUUUGUAAUUUUAUCCUUUUGGAUUUUUUUUUUUUAAAUUAUGGGUAGAUUAUUGUUUGAAAUAUAUGAGAUAUAUGAGGAAGCCAUGGUUUGUUCAUCCUGGAUGUCAAGAACCUUUCUUUCACAUGGCGAAUAGCUCUCUCUUCCCCCAUUAAAUUUUUGUUUGGUUUUGUCUUUUUGUUGGAAGACGAGUUAAAUUCGAGUACUUUUACCUUUGUACCUCAGUUUUUAGAACAAAUCAAGGAUUUGAGCGAAUAGAAUCAACCCACCAUUUGUGUGA